GGGCCGUCAGUCGUAGUUCAGCUUCCGCGAAGUACACACGUCGAGAGCGCGCGCCGUUUUGUGUGUGAUAAGGCCCACUGUUAAACUACUACCAACUCGGUUUCAAAAGUUCAUCAGUUUUGUUAUAAAUGGAUGAUUGUAUUAUUAAGAAACAUUAGUAGAUGAAAUAUACUUUGUUGUAGGUUCACCGAAACUAUUCUGUGUAAUAUUUUCCCAAAGUCUCCCUUAUCACUAACACUUUUUUCCCAUUGGACUGAAAAACUUCAAUCUCAUCCUCCGAAUCACAUCGUGAAUACACCCAAUAAUUACAAGCGAACACAUGGAAAUGCGUAAUCUCUCAAACUAAGUGAGCUUCAAUGAAACUUAGACUGUUAUUAUUAUAAAUUUGUGUAGAAUUUGGAAUCAAAGUUGUGUUCCAAAAACAAAUCGGAAAGAUAUUUUUUUGAUUUUUGUAGAGAUUAUGAUUAAUCUAGAAUAAUGAGUAAACAUUUUUCAUCCUCUACUUCUGAAGUGUGAGUUUACGAAUACUACAGUGUGACUGUUUAUACAAUAAACUUCGCGAUAAAUUUUUGAAGGAACCUAUAGUUCUGAAAAUUCAAGGUGUUGUGAAUUGUUGCGUAAUAUACAAUUGGUUGUUGAAUGUGGUGUAUUUUUAAUUGACAGGAAUAAUUUCAAGGUCACCAAACUUUUGUCGUGCAAGUGGUACAGUCAUUGCAUUGAAUAACUAGCCUCAUUGAUCCCAACACCUCCACAACUAGGCACAAGUGAUGUUAAUUAACAGGGGGGUAAUUACUUGAUUGAAGCUCUAGACAUGGAAGCCGAUACCCUGUUAACGUCUUUGUCGUCGGUGUCAUCCUCUGUCUCCCCCCUGUCAGCCCCCCUUCACCCUGGUCCAAUUAAAACAAGCGGCCACCUCCACCACUCACACUCCUCUUCCACCUCCUCCCUUCUCUUCUCCCUUCUUUACAGUCUGAUGAUGACCGGUUCAAUUAACUAGUCGUCGAAAUUAGUGAGUCAAGUAGAAGCAGUGCUGACUUUCAAGUAGUGACCGCAACUAGUGAAUAUUAUAGCCGUUUUUCUAGUGAGUGAAAAGUGAGAUUUCCAAAACUUCUCCAAGAUGGUGAAGUUAUCAAGGUGCUGCCAGGUUUCGACCAAAAUCACUCCAGUAGUAGUCUUCUUACUCUUCGGAUUAGCGCAACCGAUGCAUCGUCUAUUUGCUCAAGGUUCCUUUUUAGAAGUACAAGCAGUAGUGAGGGGAUCGGCUAGGCUUCCAUGUAACAUUUCUUCGCCACUCCGGGAUGACAGCAUCCUCCUCGUUGUCUGGUACAAGAACGAGAAGAAACCAAUAUACAGCUACGAUCAAAGGCUGAAGAAGUCGCAGCACUGGAUGGACAAGGAGGUGCUGAGCGACAGAGCCUACUUCCAGACGAUGUCGGAGCCGGCCAUUUUGUCGCUGGACAACGUCGAAGAAUCGGACGAGGCCGAAUACAGAUGUCGCGUCGACUUCAAGAAGUCGCCGACGCGUAACUACAAAGUCCGGCUCAAUGUGGCUGUUCCACCUGGACAACCGACAAUUCUCAAUGAGAGGAACAAGGAGAUCCAAAUGAAGGCUGGUCCAUACAUUGAGGGAACUGAGUUGAAGCUGACAUGUAUUGUCAGAGGUGGCAAGCCAGCACCUACUGUGCAGUGGUGGCGAGGCGGUGCUCUGGUCGACUCGAUGGAUGUGAGAGCGACUCUCGACACUCGACACAGUCAGCUGAUCGUCAGACACCUGACACGCGACGACCUGGGUUCGGAGUACACCUGCACGGCCAACAACAACAACAUCAGUAAUCCAGUGUCCGCCAAAAUACAAGUGGAGAUGCACUUGAAGCCACUGAAGGCGCAGAUACUGAGCAGCUUCCAGCCUCUGUCGGUGGACAGAAGUGUCAACAUCACGUGCCAGUCGAUUGGAUCCAGGCCACCCGCCAAGCUGUCAUGGUGGAUCGAUGGAAAGAGACUGGAGCCUUUCUGGGAAGAUGAAUCGAAGGACGGCAAUGUGUCGACGUCGAUGGUGCGAUUGACUGCGACGGUCGACGACAAUGGCAAGACGUUGACCUGCCGGGCCGACAACACCGAAAUCAAGGGCAGUGCUGAGGAAGAUUUCUGGAAGCUCAAUGUUUAUUUUCUUCCGGUGCUGGAGCUGAAACUGGGCUCGAAUCUGAAUCCAGAUGACAUCGAGGAAGGCGAUGACGUCUACUUUGAAUGCAAAGUUCAUUCCAAUCCAGGAGCAUACAAAGUAGUAUGGAAACACAAUGGUCACACUGUUCAGCACAACCAGAAGACCGGUGUGAUAAUAAGCCACAACGCACUGGCACUGCAGCAUGUGAAGAGAUACCAGGCUGGCAACUACACAUGUGUAGCUUCCAAUGUGGAGGGUGAUGGAGAAAGCAACAGUACACAGCUCAAAGUCAUGUACAAGCCGGUGUGCCGCAGCGAUCAGAAGCGAGUGUACGGCGUGGCGCGCCACGAGAAGGUGCAGAUCCUGUGCCAGGUUGACUCGUUUCCGCUGCCGGACGAGUUCAAGUGGACUUUCAACAACAGUGCGUCGGAGAACGUGGAGGUGGCUCCCGAGCGCUACCUGUCCACGCCCAGCAUCUCCGUGUCGCAGCUCUCCUACGAGCCGGUCACCGAGCUCGAUUACGGCACCGUCAUGUGUUGGGCAGCCAAUACUGCCGGCCAACAGACUGAACCUUGCCUCUUCCAUAUUAUGCCUGCUGGUAAGCCAGAUUCUCCCUACAACUGCACACUAAUGAACCAGACGACAGACUCGUUGGAGGUGGAGUGUGCCGAAGGCUUCAACGGAGGGCAACGCCAGCAGUUCCAACUGGAAGUCUAUCAGCUGCAGACCAACAUUCUUCUGGAGAAUAAGACAUCCAGUCUUCCAUCGUUUGUUGUUGGGAAUCUGGCACCCGGGCAACUGCUAAAAAUGAUCAUCUACGCGACAAACUCCAAGGGCCGCAGCGAUCAGAUUUCCAUGGAGGGAUUCACGCUCAAGGUCGCUGAGAAGCAAACAGGUUCUCCAGUGCAGUUUGAGCUAACACCAUUCGUUGGAGUGAUUGUAAUGGCGAGCACUCUGAUCUGCGUAGCUGGUGUCAUCAUUUUCGCAUCACUGAAAGCCAGAUCGAGAUCUAGAUGUGUGAUCUCGCGGCCUCAGGCGUUGCCGAUCAAGGAUAAGGCCACGCUUCCGCUAAGGUCUCACGUCCAAGAUCUUUAUGAUAUGGACGACAAAAAUCCUGAUCUCAUACCAUGUAAUAAAGACUCAGAGUACCAGCUGGGGACUCCGGGUCAGAAUCAGACAAUGCUGGUGGACAGCUGUGGGGGGCAGUCUGCGACACAGCAGUCGGUGGCAUUGCCCAGCUACGAAGACACCAUUCCACGCAACAACAUCAUCACCAGGAACGGUGACAUCUACGACAAUUACAAAAAUAAAUACACCCAACAACAGCAGAAUAUUCAACAAUCCAAGGCUGCACAGGGAGAAGAAGUGACGUACGCAGAGUUAUGCUUGGCUCGGCCAACCAGCCUGGAUGGGGCGACGGCGUCAGAAAUGGUGGCGCAACGUGGCGAACCGACCAUCUACUCAGAAAUCGACAUUGGAAGGCGAGCGCCUGGGGCGCCCUCUGGACCGGGGCUGCUCGUGUCCCCUGGCACGCACCGCGAAAUUGUCACCGUCCGCACACCUCUCAUGGCCAACGCACAGGAGUCCUGCGUAUAGCUAGCCUAAGCAGCACCUUCUUCUAUUAGUUCCAUUCGUCGUCGCCAGAAGGCAGCGUUCAACUUUUAACAAAUUCACAUUAUUUCUUAUUAUUACUGUCAACUCUUGAUCACUUUCACAGAACUUCAUCGAAUUUCUGGCAAUACCGGCGCCGUAUUGAUUGAAUUGAAUUGGUUUUAUUAUCAGCAUAAAUAAUGUAAGCUACAUAAAUAGUUUUGUUUCAAAGUCGUCUUAUAAUUCUAAAUUUACAUCAAUAAAAUUAAUGUAAACCAUUAAGGAGUUUUAGACUCCAAAGCAUUUCCCAUUUAUCAGUUUCCCAAUAAUCCCUAUUAUAAAAAGGAUAAUUCUUCAUAGGGGUGAAAAUUGACCGACAGUAACUACUUUGGUAACUAGCCUACCACUACUAUGGUAAUUGCGGUAACUAGGUAGGCCUACAGCCUACCUUGGGCUCUAUUGUUCUAAAAAUAAUCAAUUCAGAAUAAUUAUUGUUCAUUGAAAUUUAUAAAAAUAAAAAAGUUCUAAAACAAAUCAAUCAAAAUCAAAACAGUAAAUUAUAAGAAAAUACUCCUGUCAGACUUUUGAAGGCCAGUCUAUCCUUUGAAUAUUAUGUUAAUUCUAUUUGGUUUCCACCAAAAGAAUGUGUAGCAUUCCUUUAUUUUCUGGGGUUUUCACAUGUAUUGUGAUUGGACCCAAAAUGACAAACAAAGUUGAAGUGUGGAAAACCCCCCUUAUUCAAAUUUAUUCUCAAAUUAAUUAUAAAAAAUAAAAACCAAGCUAAGCGUAAGAGUAAGUUGAAAUGAAAAUCCAAAAAAUUAUGUACACUAAGUAACAAGAUGAGAAAGUACUCAUACAACAUAAUAUAGGUUAGUGAUUAUGACUUCAAUGUGGCCAGUGUGCAACAGAGCUAGCAAUUUUACAAAAUGAAUUCAGACAUUUUCAACAAUGAAUUAUUAUUGCAGAAUAUUGUAGCCUAUACCAUAGAGUGAUAAUUAUUGCGUCUUCCCGAAAACAUUUCUUCAUUUCUAGCAUUACAAAGAAGAAUAAAUAGUUAAUAAAUCUGAUUGGAUAAAAUCAUCUCACAAUUUUUGUCUUUCAAACUAUCUUAAAAUCGUCUCUGCAGACUCUUCCAAGGAGAGUGACAGAAUAAAGAAUAUUCAUGCUCCCUAGAAUAGAUGAUUUGUAAGUGUGAAAAAAGAGCCGAAAUGAAUUAGACAGAAAUAUAUAGUAAAUAAAUAAAAUAAAAAAAGGAAUUGAAUCUGAAAAUAGCUUUAAAAUAAAAGUAAAAUGAAAAAAUGUAUAGUUCAAUUAUUUAUAAUAAUUUCAGCUCAACAGCGCUUAAAGGGUUCACUUGGCAGUCAUAAAACAAUGACAGUCACAUAACAAGGACUUUGAAUUAGUAAGCUUGUUUUUUUUCAGUUUCAUACAAAUCAGAACUGAUACAGGUCUGCAUUAGAAUAUAUUGUUGUUCCAUGAUUCAUCAAGAAACAUGAUUAAUGAGGAUUAGACUAUCAAGUUAUAACUUAUGACUUGAUUGCAUGUGUGAUGAGUCUGCUAGAUAUGGACCUAAUCAUCAACAACAGUGAAUUAUCAAUUGGAAAUUAUUAUGGUUUGUUGAUUUGCUGAUUGUUUCUGAAAAUAAUGGUUUAUUCAUUUGAUACGUUUCAAUAAUUCAUUCAUAUUUUUUAAUAAGUUAUUGACUCACGUUUCUGUAGCUGAGAUUGGAUCAAGAGUUGACGAAUUUCAAGUUUUUUUGUGGGGUUUGAACCCAUAUUUCAGAUUUGUUCAUAUUUCAACCUCUGUACAUUUCUCCCAUGAAAACUUUUAUACGAUAAUUAUGAUUAAACGGUUACUAUAUUUCUAAUGGAAUAGAUAAUGUAAUAAUUUUUUAGAGAAAUGUUUGAAUUGUGUAAAGGUCUUUGUAUAUAUUAGGGAAAUUAUUUGAUUUUUAUAUCAUGAGAGAAUGUGUGUUCUAAACAAAUCUAGUUGUAAUACAAGGUCUGACGUCAGAGAUUCACUACAUUGAUUGUAUCUAUAAUAAUCAUUACAAUUAUUAUUCAUGAAAUAUCAAAUGCAGUCAAUUUGCAUUGUAAAGUGGGCCUAGUUAUUUAUUACAAGUUACCGUUUUCUAAUUUGAACCAAUUUUGACAAUGAGUGGAGAAGUUCAAUCAUCGUCCUCGAAAAUUAAAGCACUUUCAUUUGUCAUAAUAUUUCUGUGUUCAUUUUUUUAUUUUCCUGUUCAUUGUAGAAUAAAUUUAUUCUCAAAUUUCUAGGUAAGCAGCCAAUAGUUGUUGAAUAAGACUGAUAAAUAUAAUUAAUACGACAUUAUUAAUAAAUUAUCAAAAUAAUUUGAGAAAAAAAGAACGUAAUGAAGUGGUGCAUGCAUACUUAUUCAAGUUAUUUGGCAUCGUCUUCUUUAGAAUAUUGGGAAUGUCUGGUUUAUGUUUUACGAUUUGAAUAUUAAUGAGUAGGUAUUAGUCUAUAUGACAGUAGGUUCUACAUCAAAAAAGUAUUUUAUUUGGAACAUUUGUAUGAUAUAAUGUUUUAUUAUUUACGAUCCACGAAAUCAUCAGACCUAUCAAAACUCAUAUCAUAUUAAAAUCAAUUUACAUUUUAAAGAUUCUUCCAAUCAAUAUGUUUGAGCCAUUGAUAAUCUUGAUCAAUCUCUUCUGCCACCACUUUUAGAAACACACCAAUACUACCACACCUACUUCCAAAAAAAGAUUUGUUAUACAUUUUCAUAACAUAGGUACAUGAAUGACAAAGAGAAUUUUUAUUCUAUGCUGAUUUGGCUUUUAAAAAAAUGUAAAUAGUAAAUGAUUACAAGAAUACACCAGUGUAAGGGUGAAAUUGGAGUUGGCAUUCAACUGAUUAAUGAAUUUAUUUUUGUUGCGAUAUUUCUCAGAGGAAACUUAGUGUGAGUUAUGUGUUGUUUUCUGUUUGUCGUUAAACUAUUGUCAAUAGGGACAGUGUACGGUAAUGAACAAAACCCGUACUUUUUUCGAAUCAUACUUUUUUUUAAUAUGUUCCUCACUGCAUACUAGAACCAAUUAUAUAAUUCACAAUUAAUAUAAGCUAUGUAAUAAUAUUACAUAUAUUCAUAUAUUUUUUUGUAUUUUUAGAUGGUACAAUGUUUUGUAAUAAUAUUAUGUUGUGCGGAACAAAUUAUUUUUUGAAUUGAAAAAAAAAUUGAAAAAAUUAUAUUUACAUAUCAAAUAUUAUAUGAUAAUGAUAAUAAUUCAUCCAAUUAUAUUUUCUUUGAAAUGGAUAAUAUUAAUGAUUUAAUUUAUUCCUAUAUUAUUUAAAUUGAUGAUCAAACUAAUAGCAACGUUUUCCAAUGAAUGCAUUUUUAUUUACAAUUGAAGAGGAAAUUUAUUGAAUUAGUUAAAAAAUAUGUAAAGUACGAAAUGUUUUUAUAGUUGCUAUUGUUAUCGAAUGGAAAAGACAAAGAAAUUGUCAAAAAAACACAGAUUUAUUGAUACUUAGAAAGACCGGUUUCGGUUAUUACACCAUUGUCAAUCUCUGAUGAACGUUUUUUUUUCUUUUUAUCAGAGAUUGACAAUGGUGUAAUAACCAAAACCGGUAUUUCUAAGUAUCAAUAAAUCUGUGUUUUUUGACCAUUUCUUAGUCUUUUUCAUUCAAUAUGAAUAAAUACCACAAUAUCAACUUCUCAACUACACAAAAAGCUAUUGUUAUCCCUUACUCUGUGUUCAAACCAAUCAUAUCAAAAAGCAAAUCAGUUAACCAGCUGGUUCUCAUAUCAAUGCCAAUCAUAUCGUAUUCCACCAGCUUCGUGACUGCAUAUCCUCUGAACAUGUCAUUUACUUCAUCCACAUAUCAGUAGUCUAGAGCAAGAGAUAACUACUCAUAUUUUAAUCUCUCCAUCUCAGUACGAUAGCAGUCCAUCAAAUCGUCUAUUACUAUAUACAUAUCUCAAUUCAUCUCUUUCAUCAAGAAUUGCAUUCCAACCCAGAACAAUUAUUUAUGUUCCGUGAAUCUGGUACUGACAAUAUUCAAUACAACGGAUUUGAAUAUAAUUAACAGUUUUCCAACCAAACAUCAGGGCCUCAAUAUUGUAAAACUUCCCUGUUACCAAAAAUACGACUCACUAUAUCAGUUACUGCAAUUUCCGAUGUGAGCAAUGGCAAUGAAAAACUUCAAAGGAUUCAACUUGAUUACCGUACGGUAUUGAAAACCUAUAUUAUAUGGUUAUUAUUUCAUUGAAAAAUAACUACAAUGUCAUAUUAUUAUAAACUGCAUUGAAUCAAAUUUGUAAAGCCUUUCUUUCGAAUAUAUUUUGCAUUGAAGAAACAUAUUUUUUAAUCUAUGCUGGAUCAUCCACAUUUUUGAAAAAGUACCUAUUUCACUUUGAAUGUUGUAUUUUGUUUCUUGUACCGUAGUGGAAAUAGCAGCCUUAUGGGUCGUAUAAUUAAUAUUAAUAACAAUAUUAAACUUGACAAUUGUUAUUUUCAUCCAUUUCAUGAUUAUGAUUAUUAAUAACUUUUCUGAUAAGACGUCUGAUAUGUUGGAUAGCGAUUUUCAAAACUGGUGAAUGAGUGAAAGUUGUGGUUAAUUGUAUGCAUGUUUCAUAAAAAAAGAUUCCAUAUACGGUAUCUUUUCUUUGAAUUUUCUCGAAAUUAGUGUGACUCUUGUAAUGUGAACAUUAUAGUUUUAUAAAAUCAUAAUUAACAUACCUACCAAACGAUUACUACAAUAAUAAAUUUGAUGAACAAAACUUCUCUCUAUAGUGACCAAAUUGUGAUACAGACGAACGUUACAAAAAAUGUGCUGUGUUGUGAAAAGGUUCAUUGCUCGUGAAAAACUGAGUAACAAAUCGAAUGAAUAAUUGCUAUGAUAUAAUAACAUCAUAGUUGAUAGUUAUAGAGGAAAAGUUUCUAUUUGUACAUAAACAACUACAACCAUAAAAUAAAAAUGAUUGUGAAUAUAUAAACUGUUGGAAUGAAUAAAUCAUAUUGCUCUCAGUGUA